UCGCCAAUAAAGCGCUUUUGUCUUGGGGUCGGGAAGCUUAUGGACUCUCGCCGGACACUUGAAGCGCAUUCCUCGACGUGGAGCUUUCAACCACUCGCUAGACACCGGUGGCUGAAGAGUUUUUAUGUAUUUUAAUAACUUUAUGCUGUUGCACAGUUUCGGGGACUUUUGACAGAGUGCUCCACGGACGACUAAAGGAUUUCGAACUGUUUACUUGUUCUACGUGGGUCCUUUUGGAUAACAUUUUUAUGUAGCACACAUUUCUGAAUGCGCCGCAACUCAAACGCUACGCAGGGAACAGAACCGAUAGAGGGGACACCACCGCCCCAGUCAACGUGAAGGGAAACAGACAUCUUGCUGAGUGGGCUGAGAGAGGAGAGAGAGUGACUCCAGUGCCACCAUGAAGGCCUUCUUCCUCCCUUCGCUGACGCCCUUCCUCCUUCUCCUCUUGCUCCGGCUCCCCGGCAGGACCUUGGCCAGCGACUGUCCCCAGGACUGCACCUGUUCCACCCCAGAAUCCAUCUUCUGUUUCCAGCGCCGAUCUGCCACCAUGCCCCACGGCGUCCCGGAACCCACCAAAAACCUCUACCUCUUCGCCAACGGCAUCGAGACCCUGGCGGAGGAAGACUUUGUGGGGAUGGAGAGCCUGGAGAUGCUGGAUCUGAGUCAGAACAAAGUCACGGUACUGCCCGACCGGGUGUUUGAGCCUCUGACUUCCCUGAGGAACUUGGACCUCUCAGCCAACCAGAUCACCCAUCUGUCAGAGGAGACCUUUGCAGGCAUGGCCCUACUGGAGAGGCUGUACCUCUACAGCAACCACAUCCGGACUAUACACCCUGCCGCCUUCCACGGCCUGGAGCAGCUGCUGGAGCUCAAGCUGCAGGGAAACCAGCUCACCUUGCUCCCCGCCCUAGCCAUGCCCAGAUUGCUGCUUUUGGACCUCCGCUUCAACACCCUCCCAUCCCUGGGGUCAGCCGACCUCCAGAUGUCCAACCUGGAGUCUCUGAAGCUGGCCGGCCUGGGCCUCGAAAGCCUGAAUGAGGACCUGAUGGCCAGCCUGGGGAACCUCCACGAACUGGACAUCUCUGGCAACGAGCUGGGCUCCUUCCCCCUGGCGCUGAGGGAGGCCCGGGGCCUGAUCUACCUGAGCUUGGCCGGGAACCCCAUGGGCCCACUGAAGCUGGAGGACCUGAAGAACCUGAGUGAGCUCCAGGAGCUGGACAUCAGCAACCUGAGUCUGCAGGGCUUGCCCGACGGGUUCGCACAGCUUUUCCCUCACCUGACUAAGCUAACGGUGGCCGAGAACCCUUUCAACUGCCUGUGCACCCUGGCCUGGUUCCCCGGGUGGCUCAGGAACCAGGGGGUGACUCUGGGCAGGACGGAGGAGACCCGCUGCCACUUCCCUCCCCUCAACGCUGGGAAGGUGCUGGAGAGGCUGGAGCACAGGGAGUUUGGCUGCCCCACCACCACUACUGUCACCGCUAGCACAGUCAGAACCAGCACCACCAUGCCUCCUCCGGUCAUCACCCUGCCUAGCACCUCCCCAGCCAUCCCUGCACCCGGGCCCAGUGAGGAGGACAACUCAACUGGGACAAACAGCAGGUCCCCGCUCCCCGUCCCUUCCUCUCCCACCAGCAGCAGCCAAGACCCAGAGGUGGACUUCUUCUGCCCCUCCCAGACCUGCUUGAAUGGGGGCACCUGUCGGCUGGACGGGCAAGGCCAUCUGGAGUGCACCUGCCCUCGUGGCUUCUACGGCACCUAUUGCGAGAACCGCCACCACUCCCACCCCCCUCCCGAUGAGGACCACAAUCACAACAACAAUGACAUUUCCGCGGCAACUGUCACCGCCGACGCCCCCGACAUCAGCUCGCGCCUGGUGACCAGCUCCUCCAUCCUGCUGGACCUGCACCGCUACAUCAAGGUCCGGCCCUACAUCCGCGGCAUCCGUCUGACAUACCGCAACCUGUCGGGGCCCGACCGGCGUCCCAUGCAGCUCAGCGUGCCCGCUUCCUACCCAGAGUACACCCUGAGGGGGCUACGGCCCAACUCCACCUACACGGUGUGCGCCAGCCCGCUGGGCGACCUCAGCGGUGGGGACAGCGUCUGCACGGAGGCCCACACAGCAGCCCAGCAGCACACUGCCACAGGGAGGCAGGUGGAGGACAAGAGGCUGACUACCAUGCUGGUGCCGGCUCUGGCCAUCCUGCUGCUCCUAGUCCUGGUUGCAGCUGCCGUGGGGGUGGUGUGCUACAUAAGGAGGAAACGGGCCAAGGGCCACCUGGAUGUGGAGUGUGAGCCAGCCCAGCUGGAGCUGGAGGGAGUUAAGGCUGGUUCCAACAUUGUAGGCGCGAUGCCCCAAAAGCAGCCGGAGCCGGCUGUGGUUCAAAAUGGCGGCCUGGAGUACGAGGUGCUGCUAAUACAGGAUCAUUGCACGCCGAACAACAACAUGGCUCUCUCUCAUAAGCCCUCUUAUUUCUGACACCCAUCUCUGUUGCUACUCAGACCCAGAGGGUAAGACUAAGUACCUCUAGCUACUCCUUCCCUCACGGACUAGACACCAGCACAAGAGUUGUUGGUGACAGUGGAGGAGAAAGAGAGAGGACCGGCCAGCCAUGGGUCAGCAAUUGAGAAACGGAACAAAUACUUAACUGUGCAGACAUUAAAAUAUGUUUGAAAGGAUUAUUUGAAAAUAAGGAAGCCUUUUAAAGUGCCUUUAUUCUUAUUUCCACACCUCCUGCUUUGUUUCUACAAUCACAUUGCUGGACUGGCGCCCCGCGGCUCACUACUGAGUGCGCCCACGCUCCACAGCAGGUCAAAGGUCAAGCGAGGCUGGGCCAGGCAGAGAGACAUCAGGGUCAUAGUGACCUAAUCCCUGCUGUGUCUACUCUAAAAUGGGUUCUGCACUGAAAUGGGGUUGUCUUGCUGUGCACCCCUUGUGAUAACUGAACUAUGUAAAAAGAGUAUAAGCAAUUAUUUUGCUCUGUAGCACCUCAGCACUACCCCAGUGGUGCUUGCUGUGAAUGACAUCCCAGUCACCAAAUGAAGAGAACUUUUUUCAGUUAUUGAAAAGCAAGGUGCCUGACAUUUAUCAUGCUUUGUUUCGGCUCAAUUGCUUAGUGAAAUUGUCAUUUUUUUGUUGUGUUUGUAAAUGUUUUUAUACUCUUGCUGUAAGUACGUGACUGUUACCACCCUUCCACCCCCCCUAACUGCUUGUGAUUUAACAGACAGAUUAAAAUCUUUGAAGAUUAAAACUCGUUUGUACCAGCAAAGUCAAUCAAAGGCUUUACCCUACGAAUGUCAGACAGUGUAAGCAGCUGUAAGUCUGGGCAGACUUACUAAAUCCCCUCUCCAUUCUCUGGCCCUCAACCCCAUCCCCCGCCCCCCGCCCCCCGC